GUAGCUAUUCUUGUCCGGAUAUUGAUUGGUAAGGUCGCCGAUGGAGCCCGACUCGGGGAGGCUUUUGCCAGAGCUCCCAUACGUGCAGGGCAUGCCGGAUUUGAGGGUUGGAAUUGCGUUUCCUGGGCCCAAGAAGCCCUCAGUUGGGCUGCUCAUGACGGCAAGGCGUUGGGGACCUGUCAUACUGACUGGACAUUUGUAAAGGAUACUGCCAUGUGGUACGUUGCCAAGAAGACCGCUGAACAUCGCUUUGACGGACAAGGGCAGUUUGAUCAGGGCAAGGUACCAACUUGGGACGCAAUAGAGAGGAAAGAACUGGUUGCUUGA